GUGUGAUAUUUUGCUUAAAUAUUUUACCUGAUGUGCUGUUUUGUCUUCUUUGUGGGUAUCUGACUGUACGAAGAGGAAAAGAUAGCUACCGAUAACGUAUAUGUAACUUUACGACGGUGUUGUUCAAGAACGCAUGUCUAACAAACUAUGCAUUCGAGAAGAAAUCUAGUUUCCGUAUUAUAUCAAUCGAAUUGAACCGAAUCGACAUAGUACCGCCACCUAUCGGCAGUGUGUGGGAAUGAAUGAAACUACAGUUUCAAAAACUUGCAGUACACUCUGUUCACUGGAUAGAUGACACCACUUGUUCCGUUUUCGUGUGUGGGGCGCCUUUAUCAAAGCAGGACUCCCACUUUAUCGACUAUAGACUCCUGACUGAGUCGAAUGGUAUCAUUGCUGUCCGUCUCGAUCCGCUCCAGAUUUCAACGUUUUACACUGUACCGAGUAACACACCGACUUAAAUGGAUUAAUUGUAGAAGUUCAUCGAAGCUUUCUUGAUGCGCGCUUAUAGUUUUUUUAGGCCUUCGGAAAGGCUUCGAGGCGAUAAAUUAUCUCGGAAACAGAUACGCUACAACCAGAGCAACAUGUCCCGAUGCAAAUGUCCCAAAUCAGACGUCGAUUCUGGUCCGAAACCUCGAUCAGCGUACUUCGAAGACAUCACGUCAAAAAUGGAAGAGCGUCGUUGCGAUCUCGUAGGCAAAGAAAAAUAUUUGAGGGACAAAAUCACGACGAUGGAACGGUCUAUACCUGCGUUGGUAGCGUUCAAUAUGUGGAUGGCGAAGAAGUGCGAGAACGCACCGUAUUGCAAGGUUCGCGAGAUCAUGAAAAGAUUCGCCCCCUAUCCGGACCAAACCGAGAAACUGUUAAGCAGCUUGAAGAGGACCGUGAGAGAACUAAACGGAGAGACAACCGAGUUGCAUGAGAAGAUUAUUCAAGCGGACGUUCAAUUAGAGGAAACGGACAUAGAACUAGAAUCGUUGGAGCUCGCGAACGAAGAAAUGAACGACACCCUGAAGAAUUUGGAGAAGGAGGUGCGAAGUUACGAAACACCGAGUCUUCAUUCUAUACGUUCCGAAGACUUAAUUUGCUUGUCGAAAAUACGUCAAUUAGCCGAAGAAGAAUUGAAUCUGAAGAAUCAUAUCAAGGAACUAGAGCAAAAAGAGACACUGUUCAAAGAGCACAUAGAUCGUUUGGCGGUGUCCAAGGAGUAUCAAAGCGUUUGCGGGAGACGGAGGAUCGAUUGUGCUCAGGAUCUAGAAUGCAACGCGACUAAGAUUCGAUGCGUGCCUAGAGAAUGCUCGACGCGUCUUCCGACCUGUUUAAGAAAGAAGCAACCACGACAGAAACUUAUCGGUAAAAGCGACGUGGUCGUUUCUACCUCGGACCGGGACAUUAACGAUAAACGAGAAGAGGAAAUUAAAGAAGAAAAACCGGCAGAAGAGAUAGAAAAGAAACGUUCGUGGAUACCAAACUGGUGGAACAGUAAUCACAAAGUCCAAACAGUUUCAUCCGAAGCGAAAAGUGCUGUCUUAUCGUAUUCGGAGAACAAUUGUUUUUUCGUGUUACAGAAAUUUGGGAAAAACGAGGAAGAAACGAAAGAGGAAAACACGAUGAACGAUAAACCUCCUAAGCAAUCGAUAUCAAAAUUUUCGACUCCUUCUUGCGAACCUUGUGGACAUUCGCCCUGCCCGCCGACGACUUCUACGAAAUUUCCCCGCUCUUCUUAUCCAUGCGUUGGACCACGAGAGCUUCGUAGUAUAAUAAAGAAAUCUUGCACCGGAAAUAUCUCUUUGUGCAACAUACAAGUGAAAAGUUCACCCAAAGAUAGAUACAUGAGAAAAGGUUGUUGCGACAUAUCGUCUUGUACGGUCGCGGAUCAUGGUAUUCGAAAGUCGUGUAUACCAAUGAUACCAGCUUGUGAUCUAAAAAAUCUUUGUGAAAUUUGUCCUUCGCCGUGUAAGAAUUUUCUACGCUCCGGAGGAAAUAAUUGCAGAUGUAAUUGCAAGGGUAAGUGUGCUCUAGGUUUAUCGGAUACAGAUUGCAAUUGCAGCGAUGCAUUGGAUCCUUCGGAAGAGUAUCGUCCAAUCGCUUCGAAACAAUUGGACGCGCACGUAGAAGGCAACAAUAGCGAGGACGAAUAUUGCGAAUGUUGUUCCUGCGGUUGCGAAGAUAGCGAUGCAUCCUUAUCGUGUCGAUGUAACUGACUGUAAGUCGAAUAAUAUAAUUUAUUUACACAAAAAGAACGAGUGUUUAUAUGAAAUAUCUUCCACGUUCGAAAACCCAAAAUAGGCCACUUAUCGUCAUUGUAGAUAACCUUAAAAAUUCUGUAUCACCGUGAAACGUCAACCGGGACCCUGCUACAUAUACUAUUAUUA